UCUUUUGAGCGCGGCUGUUUUUAGACUGCGUCUGUCACGGAUUCGCUCCCUGACUCGUUCAGUGGCACUUACUGAAGGUGACAAGAACUUUUUAAGGUGACGGUGUCUUUACUCAGUGCUUGUAAUAGAUAUGUUUUCCCGUCUCUUCAUUACGACGACUGUUGUUUAUUUUCUUCUCAGCAGUGGGACAGAAGCCACAAGCCCUGUGAAUGUGAGCAUGACUGUGGAUGUCGUCCCUGUCGCUGGAAGUCUUGAGGUUACCUUGGCAACCUGUAUAACUUCUAGAACGAAGCCUGCUGCCGAGGUGUCAUGGAAUUUGGGUGCUUUAUCUGAUUCUGUGAAGGUAUCAACCAACACUGUGAAACAUUUGGAUGGGACGUUCACAGUCGCAAGCAGUCUGAUUGCCACUCCAACUGCACAGAUGAAUCAACAACAUGUCCAGUGUGUGAUCAGACAUGUUGCGAUGAAAGAGGAACUGGAAGUUGAUCACAAGAUCAUUGUGCACUAUCCACCUCAGCUUGUCUUUGUGACACCUUUCAAGAAUCUCUCUAAUGCUGAGGUGUAUCAGUGUCAGGCAGAUGCCAAUCCUUCAGCUACACACUUCAGCUGGCACAGCACACACCAGACUAUCCCUAAUGAUGCCAUUAAAGCAGAAGGUAAUAAACUCUACUUCUUGAAACUGACCUCUGACCUCAGUGGCCUGUAUAUCUGUGAGGCUUCAAACGAGUAUGGUACAGGAAUCGGCUCUCUCUACUGGCAAAAAGGAGAAAAGACAGAAGACUAUCAUUCUGAGCUCUGAGUCCUUUAUACUACAUGCAAUUUCAUAUUUUCUCAGUGUCAUCAAAGUCCCUUUAAGGAAAUUCAGGAAUAAACA